GCGGCGCCUCAGUAUAACUCGUGGGGGCUGCGCGGCGGCCAUGGCCACAGCCGCCUCCAACCCCUACGGCCUGCUCGGCUCCGGCUCGCUCGCCCAUGCGGACGGCGCGGGCAUGCAGCAGGGGAGCCCGUUCCGCAACCCGCAGAAACUGCUGCAGAGCGAGUACCUGCAGGGCGUCCCCGGCAAUGGGCACCCGUUGGGCCACCACUGGGUGACGAGCCUGAGCGACGCCGCGCCCUGGCCCUCGGCGCUGGCGGGCGGCCCGCUGGAGCAGCCCGACGUGAAGCCGGGCCGCGAGGACCUGCAGCUGGGCGCGCUGCUGCACCACCGCUCGCCCCACGUCUCGCACCACUCGCCCCACGCCAACCACCCCGGCGCCUGGGGGGCCAGCCCGGCGCACGGCGGCUCGCUGGGCCCCGCCGGGCAGCCCCCCCCGCUCGGCGUGUACCCGCAGGCCGGCUUCGCGGUGGGCGGCGUGCUGGAGCACGGGGGGCUGACGCCGCCGCCCGCCGCCGCCGCGCAGCAGCCGCCGCCGCCGCAGGGGCUGCACCCCGGGGAGCACGGCGAGCUGGGCGGCCACCACUGCCAGGACCACUCGGACGAGGAGACGCCGACCUCGGACGAGCUGGAGCAGUUCGCCAAGCAGUUCAAGCAGCGUCGCAUCAAGCUGGGCUUCACCCAGGCCGACGUGGGCUUGGCGCUGGGGACGCUCUACGGCAACGUCUUCUCACAGACCACCAUCUGCCGCUUCGAGGCCCUGCAGCUCAGCUUCAAGAACAUGUGCAAGCUGAAGCCGCUGCUGAACAAGUGGCUGGAGGAGGCCGACUCCUCCACCGGCAGCCCCACCAGCAUCGACAAGAUCGCGGCGCAGGGCAGGAAGAGGAAGAAGCGCACCUCCAUCGAGGUGAGUGUCAAAGGCGUGCUGGAGACGCACUUCCUCAAGUGCCCCAAGCCGGCCGCGCAGGAGAUCUCCUCGCUGGCGGACAGCCUGCAGCUGGAGAAGGAGGUGGUGCGGGUCUGGUUCUGCAACCGGCGGCAGAAGGAGAAGCGCAUGACGCCGCCGGGCGAGCAGCAGCAGCACGAGGUGUACGCGCACGGCGUCAAAACGGACUCGGCCUGCCACGACCUCUGACCGGGGCUGCCGCCGGCUCGGACCUGCCCGCGGCCGCCCGACUCCCCCCCGCUGCCGCGCCGCCGCCGC